CCGCUCCACCAAGCGUUCGACGCGAUUGUUUACCUGUGUGCUACUGUCACAGCAUUCUUGUUGUUUACUUUAUUUGAAGCCAAAUAACGAUUUAACUUAACAUGUGAAUGAAUAGGGAAUUCCACGACAGAAUGAUUGCAUUCAACCUGUCACCUAUUUUAGUUCCUAUUAUAUGUUGUCAUGAGUGAGGAACAAGAUUCUGGCCUGUCCUAUUUCUGACAAUUUCCAGUUACAUACCUUAUUAAAACAACCAAGAAAUAUCUGGAAAUCAUUUAUGUUUCUUUAUUCUGACUAAAUAGCUAUAUCCUGAAAUUUGAAAAAUGUUUUCGACUUGCUCUCAUUCAGCUUCUCAGGUGACAUGAAAUCAAAGAGUAAUGGCCAAGCCACCGCUCCAUCGCCCUGCUCCUCGGGCUACGCAGGGAACUUUUGGAGCUCAUCAAGCUUUAAGGAAUCCAUGGCUAGAUGGUCCUGGAGCGCACCCAGGCCACGGACCAGGCCAUGGACCGGGCCAUGGACCGGGCCCUGGGCCUGGAAGCCACUCUUCAGGAUCCACUACAUACGAUGGGUACAUUCCAGUUAAUGAUCAGUAUGCUCCAGAGCCCCCCCAAUUAUGGCGCCAACAUCACAGUAUUGAUCCAUCGGCUCCAGUCUAUGAGGUGCCCGAUGGUGGAGGAGAGGAGCCCCAGGUUGUCUGCACACUUCCCCAUCGCGCAACUCUUCAUAGGACUGAUAGACCAAUGACUCCUGGUGGAUUAUCACAGAUGUCUGGAAAUGUAGCUGGUACUGCCACUGGCUGUGGAGGAUGUGGAGAUGCUUUGGACACAUGGUGUUACUAUUGUGUUCAGGGUGUAUUGGGCAUUGCAGCACUAGCAGGACUAUCUCUCCUUAUUGCCUCAGCUGUCCUUAAAGGGCAACCUCCUCGAGCUGCUGCAUCUGCCAACUUGUCUGCCAUGCCAUACAUUGGGGCAAUGCUAGCAAUUGUUGCAGGAGCCUUACUACUGGUCCAGUGGUUUGCGCGAAAUGAAAAGAAAAGAAGGAAGCGUAGGUUGCAACAUUUACGAGACCAGCGUGCAGCAGGAGGGGGUGGGACUUUAAGAAGACCUGCCUGCAAUGCCACAGAUCUCAUUCCUCUUCAAGAACUUCACAAAUUUUCAGCUGGGCCAGCUGGGCCGCAGAUGCAACAAACCAACAUCCCUAUGGCUCCUCCGCCUGGUCACCUAGCUCAUCAAUUUCAACCACUUCUGGGCAGACCGGUGAUAGGGCAACAACAACAUUCAAGACCACAAGAUAUAAUGCUCUCUCCGAGUGGGACUCCUUGGUGGCGCAGACAACAGGCUCAUCCAGGAAGAGUAGUUUAUCCCUCUUAAAAUGUGAUGAAGAAAUUUAUUUAACUUAUUUUUGUGAUGAAUUCUAUUUUUUGAAAGUUUUUCAUGCAAGUGAUAUACCAUAGCGCAUUGAGAGAAAGCCUUAGCAAUCAAUAUUAUUUUCUAUUGCUUCCAGAUAGCUAAAGUUUUCAAUGUUUUAUGCUUUCCUCUUUUUAUUGAAAGUGGGAGAAUUGUCAUAGGUAUCAUUUUCAAUGGUGCAGAUCAGUAGAUUAAUAAAAGACUAAUCUUUUCUUGAUAAUGCUCAAGGUUCACCAGCUUUGGAUUGUCUAGAUUCCUCGGCCUUUUCUGUUCCACUUAAACUGUGAAGAUAAUCCAUCUACUACUAGUCAUAAGGAAGGAAGAUGAACUAAAACUAUUUUUGAAAAAUUCUCUUUAUUUUGUAUAUUUUGAUAAUUUAUGUAAAUAUUGUAAAAAUAUUUUUACUUUUGUUUGACAAUAGUUUUGUACUAUAAAUAAUCUGACUGAGUUA